GAGUCAAGACCUACCAAAGAACAUCCUCACAGACACUGAAUUACUGGAUAAGUCUGAGUCCGAGUGUAAUACUCCAAUCAACGUCUACAGUGUUGCUCUCUAUAACUUCCGCAAACCACAUACACACCGGUAUCUUAAUUAUUCAGAUGUCAUACGCGCGGAAGACUCGACUGAUUACGCUGCCGUUCCAUACCGCGCCAGACUUGCCGAGCACGCUAUCUUUCACCGUUUGAAUGAACCUGACUACCCGUACGGGACAUGGGUUCUUGCCAACCUAUCCAAGUGCGCAUUUGUUCGGGCGAGCUCAACCUCAGACCUCGAUAAGCAGCCGCAUUCUUUCAACGACCUUUUUGCCGGAGAUUAUCCGACUUUAGGGGCUGUUCUAGUGUCUCGGAUUUCUUGGGCUAAUGGGCCUUAUGCAAUGGGCAUGCGGCACGGCACGAAUGAAAAAUUAUACCAUGGUGUAUGGGCUGGCGAUCGUUUUACUACGAUUGACAAACUGGAUCAACACGAGGGAGAAAAGGAAUGGGAGGAUGUCAGCGAGGAAGUGAUGGAGGACAUGGUAGAGAUAUGGAAAAUGGAACAUGUGGAUGGACGCUUUGUGAAUGGGUGCACAUUGGAGCUCAUUUUUGAUUGCAGUGCAAUACACGUUGCAGGUCCGCACUUUCUGUUGCAUCACUAAAAUAUAUUUGAUAUAAGU